AUGGAACAAGAAGAAGCAGAGAGAAGCACCACCGUUGUUACAUCAACCUCCGAAGAUUCAAGUUUAGAUCCGAUAUCACGAGUGAGGAAGCUCUUGUUCCGGCAGAUGCUCGUUGGAAUCAAAGACGGGAGAUUCUUCCUUGGCAAUUUCCACUGCAUUGACAAACAAGGAAACAUACUUCUUCAAGACACGGUGGAGUAUCGCAGCAUAAGAAGAUCCUCUCCUUCCCCUACUGAACAGCGUUGUCUUGGUAUGAUCCUAAUCCCUUCCUCUUGCAGGACGUCUUGCCAUGUCGAUUGCUCUAUUGAGGAACAACUUUCACUGAUCCAGCUUAAAGAGUAGAGUAGAUAUCUCGAGAGAUUGCAUCUAUGUGUAACAAAAUGCUAGUCUGUAACAUUUGUUUAUUCGGUCUCUUCAUUAUGCCCAACUUUAUUCCAUGUCAUUGUAUUUACAUUUACAAGACAAAAGUCUGAAACUUUUCAAAAUUGUAUUAACAACAACAACAAACAUUAGGAAGAACAAAUUCAGAGAUGUUUUCUUCAGAAUCCGUCGUUGAAAGCUGUUCCAUACACAAAAACAGUUUCUUACUCAAGUCAGAA